UUCAAAGUUUAAUUUCAAUAGAUCCUUGGCUUUGAGAACAAAUUUGAAGUAGUACGUACUUAAAAAAUGACGACGGAUGAUGCUAUGGCAUUUCCAAGAGUUGAAAGUUGCAGUUCAAUCGGACGGGAUAAUCAUACAGUGGUGGCUGAUAUGGACGGUACCCUUCUAAGAGGUCGUAGUUCCUUCCCUUACUUUGCAUUGGUUGCUUUCGAGGCCGGUGGGGCUCUUCGGCUUCUUAUGGUUCUUCUAUCAGCUCCAUUGGCUGGACUCUUGUACUACUUCUUGUCGGAGUCGGCUGGUAUUCAGGUUCUUAUAUUUGCCACAUAUGCUGGAAUGAAAGUCUCCGACAUUGAGUCAGUGGGCAAGGCAGUGUUACCUAAGUUUUACUCGAGUGAUCUGCAUCCUGAGUCAUGGCGGGUGUUCUCAGCUUGCGGGAAGCGAUGUGUGCUCACAGCGAACCCAAGGAUUAUGGUGGAGGGCUUCUUGAAAGAGUUUAUGGGAACCGAUAUAGUUUUGGGAACCGAGAUUGGAACCUAUAAGGGUCGAGCAACAGGACUUGUGCUCAGCCCUGGCGUGCUGGUGGCUGAACAGAAAGCACAUGCCCUUAUUAAAGAAUUUGGAGAUAAUCGGCCUGAAAUUGGGCUCGGUGACCGCGAUACUGACUUUCCCUUCAUGAAACUGUGCAAGGAGGCUUAUAUUGUGCCAUACAACCCAGAAGUGAAGCCGGUAACAAAUGAUAAGUUACCGAAGCCGAUAGUUUUUCACGACGGACGGUUGGUUCAAAAGCCCACCCCACUAAUGGCCAUCCUCAUCGUCCUAUGGAUUCCCAUCGGUUUCAUCCUUGCAUGUCUCCGUAUUGCUGCUGGUUCCCUCCUCCCGAUGCCACUAGUCUACUAUGCCUUCUGGGCACUUGGUGUUCGAGUCACUGUUAAAGGCAACCCUCCUCCCCCGGUCAAGAAAUCCUCUGGCCAAACAGGUGUCCUCUUUAUUUGCUCCCACCGUACUCUUCUUGAUCCCAUUUUUCUGUCCACGGCCCUUGGUCGUCCCAUCCCUGCGGUCACAUACUCCGUCUCUCGUCUAUCUGAAAUCAUCUCCCCGAUCAAGACAGUCCGAUUAUCACGUGAUCGAGCCACAGACGCAUCCAUGAUUAAGAAGCUUCUAGAAGAAGGAGACUUAGCCAUAUGUCCGGAAGGUACCACUUGUCGGGAGCCGUUUUUACUUCGCUUCUCAGCCAUGUUUGCAGAGCUAACGGACCAGCUUGUUCCGGUGGCAAUGGUGAACAAGAUGAGCAUGUUUCAUGGGACUACAGCUAGAGGAUGGAAAGGGAUGGACCCUUUUUACUUCUUUAUGAACCCUAGUCCUGCUUAUGAAGUUACCUUCUUGAACAAGUUACCGUUGGAAUUAACAUGCACCAGUGGAGGCAAGUCUAGCCAUGAGGUGGCUAACUAUAUACAGAGGGUCAUUGCAGCAACACUUUCUUACGAGUGCACCUCCUUUACCCGCAAGGACAAGUAUAGGGCACUCGCUGGAAAUGAUGGCACCGUGGCUGCUGAGAAGCCUAAACCAAAGCCAGAGGAUGCCAACAAUAUUAUGGGUUGUUAGCUCUAUAAGUAUCAGUCUUGUGAUUUCUAAACUUAGGUGAUUAAAACUUUUCACAAAU